GGGGAGGGGAGGGGAGGAGCGGAGGGCUUGGUGGCGUCCUUCGGGGCCGGCUCUGCGGCUGCUGGAUAGGAAGCCGCAGGGAGGAGGAUCCAGGGAAAUAAAAACGACCGAGAAUGACCUCCAGCGAGGGAGCCUGAGCUGGGCCCCGUCCUCCUGCGCUGCUCAGACCAGCCUUAGUAACCUGUGCCCACUCCCUCUCCGGCACCGGCAUGGGAGACCGGGGGCAGCCUCCCGAGCUCUCGGCCCCGCGCCCGCACCCACACCUCAUGGGGCUCUCGGCCCCGCGCCCGCACCCACACCUCAUGGGGGUGCCUAGCGCUGCGGCGACCGCUGUGAACGGCAUCGUGCACAACGGCUUCCACCCCCCAUCCCCGCCUGUGCCUCCUCAACUGCAACCUCGACCCUGCGGCCGGGGCCCCUCAGGAAGCAGCAGCAGCUCAGACCCCCGGCCCCAGACUCAGAUUCAGCCUGACGGGCUGCCACCGCUCCACGACUCCCCGGCCAAGAAAUGCAGGCUCCGGAGGAGAAUGGAUUCGGGGAGGAAGAACAGGCCGCCCUUCCCAUGGUUUGGCAUGGACAUUGGUGGAACAUUGGUUAAAUUGGUCUAUUUUGAACCAAAAGACAUUACAGCAGAGGAGGAACAAGAGGAAGUGGAGAACUUGAAGAGUAUAAGGAAAUACUUGACUUCUAACACUGCAUAUGGGAAAACUGGGAUUCGAGAUGUGCACCUGGAACUAAAGAACCUGACCAUGUGUGGGCGUAAAGGAAACCUGCACUUUAUCCGAUUUCCCAGCUGUGCCAUGCACAGGUUCAUUCAGAUGGGAAGUGAAAAGAACUUCUCCAGUCUUCACACCACCCUCUGUGCCACAGGAGGCGGGGCUUUCAAAUUUGAAGAAGAUUUUAGAAUGAUUGCUGAUCUGCAACUACACAAACUGGAUGAAUUGGACUGUUUGAUUCAAGGUCUGCUUUAUGUUGAUUCCGUCGGCUUCAAUGGCAAACCUGAGUGUUACUAUUUUGAAAAACCCACAGAUCCUGAACAGUGUCAAAAAAAGCCUUACUGCCUUGAUAAUCCAUACCCUAUGUUGCUGGUUAACAUGGGCUCAGGUGUUAGCAUCCUAGCAGUAUAUUCCAAGGACAACUAUAAAAGAGUUACAGGGACCAGUCUUGGAGGUGGAACAUUCCUAGGCCUGUGCUGUUUGCUGACUGGUUGUGAGACCUUUGAAGAAGCUCUGGAAAUGGCAGCUAAAGGAGACAGCACCAAUGUUGAUAAGCUGGUGAAGGAUAUUUAUGGAGGAGACUAUGAACGAUUUGGCCUUCAAGGAUCUGCUGUAGCAUCAAGCUUUGGCAACAUGAUGAGUAAAGAAAAACGAGAUGCCAUCAGCAAAGAGGACCUAGCCAGAGCGACUUUGGUCACCAUUACAAAUAACAUCGGUUCCAUUGCUCGGAUGUGUGCCCUGAAUGAGAACAUUGACAGAGUGGUGUUUGUUGGGAAUUUCCUUAGAAUCAAUAUGGUCUCUAUGAAGCUCUUAGCUUAUGCCAUGGAUUUUUGGUCCAAAGGACAGCUAAAAGCCCUGUUCUUGGAACAUGAGGGCUAUUUUGGCGCUGUUGGGGCCCUACUGGAAUUGUUCAAAAUGACUGAUGAUCAGUAAAAAUGCCACCUGGAGAAAAGUUGGGAAAGAUGCCCCUGUCGAGGUUGCUGCUGGAGAAAGUAAAAGCCACGAUCAGGAUGGGAACGAAGCCAUUUUGGCAGUCGUACCUGCUGGAUUUGUAAAUAAUUUGAAAUCCUUGUAGCUGAUCUUUUACUCUUGGGGUUUUGAGCAUAGAAUUCAAAGUUCACAUGGGGAAUACAAGAAUUUUUUUUCUUCCUGUAUACUGUAUUUUUUUAAAAAAUAAGGACAAAAUGUGCAACGUGGCCAAAUGUCCCAGUUUUAUGCAUUCGUUUUUAAAAAAGCUGAAUAAUGUUUCAGAAGGACCUGAAAUGUAAUAGCUUGUUUUUCUUCUGGGGUUUACUGAUCAGUGUGGUAAUUUUAACUUCAUUUAGUAAUCACUCUAGGAGAUUUUUAUCUUGACUUAUAUUUUUCAUGACGUUUCAUGAUUUGCUGUUGGUUUCAAAUGAAACUACAAAGCUAGCAUGUUUUACUGUGAAUGCUUUUCCCCCCCUUUUUGAGUUUGUUUUUUUGUUUUGUCUCAUAUUUCUGUCUGUGAAUGAAUGUCCCAUGGAAGGAGAUCUGUCUUCCAACCUCAGUUUCUGCCCUCUUCCUCCACACAGCAAGAAAACAUUUCUGUGAAUUGAUAAUAUUCACUUUACCCAAGGCGCUGACCACUCUACUGUCUUAGCAAUGAGAACUAAGGCUUUAUGAAGUAUCCAUACAGUGAAGACUCCAAAUAUCACAGAGUCACAAGCCUAGAAGGGGCCUUAGACCAUAGAAUGUCAGAAGUGGAAGGGACCUUAGAGAUUAAGUCUAGCCUCCCUCAUUUUAUAGGGAAGGAAACAGACACAAAGAGUACAGUGAAUUCAGUUUUGCAUAGCUGGUGACAGAACUGGGAUUAUAACACAAUGCUAUAUAUAAGAAACACUAAAUGUCUACUAGGUACAGAGGACUUUUUCAGCACAGAAAGAGAAACUUUAGAUUGGUCCAGAACAUGGGCAGUUGGGCCACCUGAUUGCCAAACCAAGAUUUGUUCUCUUAUUUUAUAUUACCAGAUAGUGGCAGUAAGGAAGGAAAUGAACAUUUUUGCCUUUGUCCACUACUGGCAUGCAGAGGACAACCAAUAUAUGAUUUAGUUAAGUAAGUUCUAGGGAGUCAUCUCAGGCACACAGCUGUCAAGUUUUCAAAUUAUGAUUUGAACCCAGGUCUUCCUGUAACUCCAAACCCAACACUAGCCAUUAGGUUAUGCUGCCUCUUGGUUUAUUUUAUGUCAGCAAUUCAAUACUGAAUGAAACCUGACACACUUUAUGGAGAUAUCUUUCUAACCCCCAAAAAGGUAAAUGAUACUAAAUUAUUAUGUUUGUCACUUGAAGGGAAGUCUCCAAUAGUAUUCUGAGCUUGUCAAAAUUCUGAUGCAAAGGAUCACAGAAAGAACUAAAAUAAUGGCAUGAGAUUAACAGGUGAUAAUUAGUCAACAAACUAUUUGUCUUUUUUGUACAUAAGCCCCAGAGUAUUGUAAUGAGAAAUCUUAUAAGUAGAAAUUUUUUAAUGUUUUCACUUUUAAUAUUCGAGAAAGAUGUUAUUUGUAAAAAACAAAAUUGUUUUGCUUUAUUGAUUUUUUUUUUGGAUCAAAAAAUUUUUUUAUUUUCAAAAGGUAUUCUGCUGACUGCUAACUUUGGUUUUGUUCUCCUUUUACCUUUGCUUUGAUGACCCUGGACAAAAUAAUAGAGCUGAUUUUUUAGCUUUGGUUUAUUAAAGAAGGGAAGUUAGGAAGGAGAGUCUGAUCAAAAGACAGUCUGGAUCAAAAGAGAUUGGUUGACUUCCCUCUGUCUUUUGAAUGGAGUCAUUAAUUUUUACAUCUUCAGGUUUUGAAGAAGCAGAUACUAAUUGAAGUGUUGACUUGUCUGGUUGAAAUAAAACUCAUUCCUGUUGUGAUGUGUUUUGUGUAUAUGUGGGUUUCAUUUCUGAACUCCUUUGUCUUGAUUAAAUAUUAUUUGAAUAAUUUAGAUUUUUUUGAGUUUGAAAAACAUUAUAAUGUUUUCCCCCACCAAAUACUAUGUAACCUAAGUCUUUCAUAUAAGUCUCUUGGAGACAUGUAAUAUCUUGUUCCCUCAAUGGAAACUGUGCUAUUUUGUGGGAUUUUUUAAUUUUCUAGCUUCACCAGCUCUCAACAUCUUUUGAAAACUUUUGAAAUGGAGAUUUUCCUUUUUAAUAUUAAAAAUGCUCCCUGGAUAA